AUGACUCUCAGCCCGGUGCUCUCUCGAGAACAAAUCAUCGAGCAAGUCACCUCCAACAAGCUGUACUUCAAUAAUGCGUUCAACGUGGAGGAGCCCCAAAUCAACGCCCUUUUGGCCCACGAUGACGAAGAGCUUUUGGCCCAGAUCGGGUACAAACCGGAGUUGAAGCGUCGGUUCUCCAAGAUCCAGGCCUUUGGCGUGGCGUUCUCGAUCAUGGGCUUGUUGCCCAGUAUUGCGUCCAUUUUUGCCCAGGGGAUCAUAGCAGGCCCUGCAGGGUUAUUGUGGGGUUGGGUAAUCAGCAGUGCCUUGAUCUUUUGCAUUGGUAUAUCCAUGUCUGAAAACGGGUCUUCGCAGCCUACCUCCGGAGGCUUGUACUACUGGACCAACUACUAUGCACCACCCAGAGCAAAGACCUUGCUCUCGUUCUUGAUCGGAAACACCAACUCCAUUGCGCUCAUUGGAGGAUUAUGUUCGGUCGACUACGGAUUUGCACAGGAGCUAUUGGCUGCAGUGGUGGUUGCAAAAGAUGGUGAUUUUGACAUCACUCCCGCGAAACUCUACGGGAUUUUUGCAGCUUGCGUGUUCAGCCAUAUCAUCAUCACCUGUCUCUCCUCGAGAAACUGUGCUUAUCUACAGACCACGUCGAUCUACGUCAAUCUUGCCUUGAUCGUAUUGUUCUUGAUUGCCUUGCCCAUCGGAGCCAGUGGCAAUUUUAGGUCUGGAAAGUUUGUAUUCACCGAGUUCGAUAGUAUCUCCGAGUGGCCUGUUGGCUGGACCCAGUUGAGUGCCGCUUGGUUGCCUGCAAUUUGGACCAUUGGAGCGUUUGACUCGGUGAUCCACGUCAGCGAGGAGGUCAAGUCGGCCGAAGGAACGAUUCCGUUUGGGAUUUUGGGCUCCAUUGGUAUGUGCUGGGGCCUCGGAACCAUCAUCAUAAUCAUGACAUUAUUCUGCAUGCAAACCAACGAUAUCGAAAAUCACUAUUUGCAGACCAAAUUCGGCUUUCCCAUGGCCCAAAUAAUUUUUGAUUGUCUCGGAAAGAAAUGGACCAUUGCCUUUAUGGCACUCAUGGCAUUUGCCCAGUUUCUCAUGGGGGCCUCCAUUUUGACCGCCAUUUCUCGUCAGAUUUGGGCCUUUGCCAGAGACAACGGACUUCCAUUCUCCAGAUACAUCAAGAAGGUGAACAAGAAGCUUUCGGUGCCCAUCAAUGCAGUGUGGUUUGGCGGAAUCGUGGCCAUUAUUAUCGGAUUGUUGGUGUUGAUCGGAAGCGUGGCUGCGAAUGCAUUGUUCACUUUGUACAUCGCAGGAAACUACGUGGCCUGGGGAACCCCUACGUUCUUGAGAUUAACUUACGGAAAGCACAAAUUCAAGCCAGGAAAGUUUUAUUUGGGACCGGUCUGGAGUCCCAUUAUUGGGUGGAUCUCCACCAUUUUUAUUGUGUUCACAUUUUUCAUGGUGCUCUUUCCAGCCACCAAGAAUGUCGAUUCAGGCAAUAUGAAUUACACCUGUGUCAUAACACCCAGUGUGUGGAUCUUGUCUUUAAUAUACUACUACGUCUAUGCUCAUAAGGUCUAUCAUGGGCCAUGCAAGACAGUCGAA